CCACCUGUCAUCUGUAUCUCCAAGUCCUGUAGCAUUUGUUAUAAAAAACAAUAUUGUUUACACUUUCAACUUCACAACAUCACACUACAUUAAAACAGAUACAAUUUUAUACAAACCUUCCCAAAUUUUCAGGUUUUUGAAUAACAUAGCAAUAUCCAUUGAGAAAAUGAGUAAUAAAUCUUGUCAUGAUCAGAGUCCCAUAUCACACACUGAAGUAACGUGUCAUGCUCUGGGAGAAAAACGUCAAAACCUCAUCAAUAAGCUGAAGAUGUUCCUUGAUACUGCCGAUGAAAGACCCUGUCUUGUUAAGGACGGUCGACAAACUUCAAGAAGGAAACCCAUGAUAAAAUACCCAGGUUAUGUGGACUACAAUCAUCCUGCAUUCAAAAACCAAAAACUUGAAGACUGCCUCCACCCUUCGCAACCAAAAAUAAUGGACAAUAAUUACUGCAAAAAUGGAAACCAUCAUGAAGAUGUUGAUCAGGAAACCUCAUCGUGUUGCCAAGAAAACUUUCAAAACAUGAAACAAGAAAGUCGCGAUAUAGAUAUGUAUGAAGCUAGUCAAACAGAACACACCUCUUGCAACGAGAGGGUUUUUCAUUGAGCGUUUCGAUCUCUAAAACUAAAUAAAACUAGUCGUAAAGAUAA